UUCCCUUCUCUCUCUUGUAUUGAAGGAGCGCUCCUCCCUCUAAAUCUACACUCCAUAUCUACUAGAGAAGGAGAAGAAGAAGACCGACUCUACACUACUACAAAACCUCUCAAAACCCUUCCUUUCUCUGUAAAUCAAUGGCGGCUACGGAUUCCAUGGACGCCUCUGAAGGACCCGUUCUCAACUUCAUUAACAAGCGUCUACGAGCCCUACGUAAGAAGCAAAACCGCAUCCUCCAAAUCGAAGACUCUCUAGCUCAAGGAAAAGCCAUCAACAAGGAGCAAGAAGAUCUCAUCCGUUCGAAAGUCUCCAUCUCAGCUUCAAUCGACGAGUUGGAGAGACUCCGGCAGCCUCUCGCCGCUGCUGUUGCUGAAGAAAUUACUCUUGCUCUCCAUCGCCAUCGCCAUCAGGAAUCUGCUUCCCCGUCUGAUACUACCGCCGAUCCACUUGAUGAUAAGGAAGAAAAAGAAGAAGAAGAAGAACAUCAAACGGCGGAUGCUGAGGCUCAAAAGGAGGUGGAGGAGAAUAGAGAUGAUGACUCAAUCGUUGAGGAUCUUCUUAAUCUGCUUUAUUUUGGUAUGAUGUUUGAUGUUAAAAGUCAGAACGAUUUCACCUCCAUGAUGUUGACUCGGACGCACGAAAGAGGUUGCUGUUUGACUUACGAUUACGUUACCGAUGAUGAAUCCGCGGAUCUGCUUGUUGAUAUGGAUUUGGAUUCGAUUUCGAGAUUGAGUGGUUUGUUGAUAUCAAGACCUACGGAUUCGGUCCUCUCUCACAAGAACGCUUUGCAGAAGUGCGUAGAGAACGCUAAGCGUUGGCUUGCUAGCUCCGAUGAACCAAUCGAUUCAAUUCCAAACACCACAUAUGCGGGAUUAAGAGCUAAGCUCAGCAAGAUAAUGGCCUCGCACUACUUCACCACUACGCCAGAGAUGAAAGCUACGGUUGUGAUGGCUGCUGCAGCAGCAGGAAAUUAUGGAUCUUUUCAGGUUGGCGCCACUCAAGAGUACCAUGUGCCCUUAAAUGUGUCGACCCUAGCUGAAAUCCCCAAUGAACAACAGUAUCAGGAGGAAGCUGAUUCGUCAAACAUUCAAGGCAAUGAAACUUACAGUUACGAAUCAAACCCGGUGGAAGAAUCUCAAAAGGAGUACCAAGAUGAUUCCGGAGAAGUCAGAACGAAAGAAGAGUUAAUCAAAUCAGAGACAGAAGAUGAGAAUCAGAGAGUAGGAGAAUCGAAGGAAGACCAGCAGUAUGCCCAAAGGAGAAGCUACCAGAACCAAAGAGGCGGCGGUGGUGGGCGUAGAGGAGGAUAUUCCAGUGGUGGUCGUGGUGGAAGAGGAAGUGGCAGAGGAGGAGGAAGUGGUGGUGGGUCUGGAAACCAAUUCUUCGAUCAGUCUGGAAACUAUUACCCAAGAAGCUACUAUGUCAACAAUAACAAUAGGCCAAGAGGAGGAAGGGGUGGUGGUGGUGCAGCAGCAGCCCCGGGAGCUCCUCAAACCAGAAGCUACGUUCAAGCAGAUGCAUGACUGGUUUAAUUAAUUAGUGUUGGCAUCUUCUUGAAUUGGCUUUGACAAAAUGUUGGUGGUGAAUGUAGCUUUUGUUUUCUUCUUUUGGGGAUUCAUUUCGACUCACCAUUUGCUCUAAAAUCUGUUAAUUGGCAUCAUCAUUACACAGACACUUCUCUUUUGGUUGGCAACUCAGCCAAUUAAUGAACUUUUGUUUUAACAUCUUA